AUGGAGGAAGCCAACACUACUUUCUCUACCUCUUCCUCCACUCCUAUGAUGCUAGAUAGCACAACAGUGGCAUCUGUUCAAGUAUCUUCUUUUGUAUACAAUGUCAUGGGAUCCAGUUUACAUAACCAGUUUAAUCAGUCUUACAGAAACCAGGGAUGGGAAAACCUGAGCUUCCGGGGUACCCCAAUAGAUUUUGUGUCUUUGCAGCAUGAUGAAAUGGCAUUGGUUCCCUUUUUGAUCUUCAGAUAUUGGAUGAAGCAGUUGGUCACCAAGACAGAAAUGUUGAAUUACAUAAUCCCAAUUCACCAUCAACAUUUCCAUGUCAUCUUUAGCAACACCUGUGUGUGUAUGCGGCUGCUCUUUGGUAUUAAUGUAGAAGAAGUGGACUACACUGUCCCCACCUAUGGUCUUAGCCUUGCAGCAGGGAUCACUUAUGAUGGGAUGAGGAGGAAUGUGCAGGGCUUGCCCAAGACAGGCCUCCUGUUAAUCGUUCUCUCCAUCAUCUUCAUGGAGGGCAACCAUGCCAGGGAAGAGGUGGUGUGGCAGGCACUGAGUAUUAUAGAGGUAUAUGCUGGGAGAGAGCACUGCCUCUUUGGGGAUCCCUGGAACCUGGUCAUGGGUGAUUUUAUUCAGGAAGGGUACUUGGAAUAUUGGCCCGUGCUUCUUACUGAUACUAUAUGCUAUGAGUUCAAGUGGGGCCCAAGAGCCCAUGCUGAAACCAGCAAGAUGCAAAUCCUGCAACACUGUUCCCAAUUUGGUGGAAUUGAUCCUGUGACCUUUUCAGCACUCUAUGAAGAGGCUGUGAAAGAUGAGGAGCAACGUAGGCAUUAUCGACAUUAG